AUUUUCCAAUAAAGGAGUAUUAUAUGCAAAGAUCGAGUUGUCAGAAAAAGAUAUCAUUCAUCUCUUUAUAACUCAUACUCAAGCUUCCUACAUGUCAGCACCACCUUUAAUAGAUAAAUCUGUAAUCAUUCGUCAGGAACAAUUAUUUUUCCUCCGUAAAUUCAUUGAUAAAUGCACUUUAAAUGAACCUCUCGAAGAGCCAAUUAUUUUAGUUGGUGAUUUAAAUGUUAAUUCACGUCCUCAGCCCAAUUCUCCUGAUAUGAAUGGAGAUACCGCUGAAUAUUUAAAUAUGAUUAAAAUCUUAAGUGGUGAAGGCAUCGAAGCUAAUCAAAUCGAUAAAUCAACAUCUCCUGAUGAACGUUUAUAUAAUAAUCCUAAGAUUGUCAAAAUAAUAGAUACUCUCAAAGAACGGUAUGGAAAUCAUCCAAUUACGUUUGGAGAUGUAAUUAUCGCUGACGAUGGUACUAUUAGCCCGAGAGAAACCGUUUUAACGGGAAAGGACGAUUUACUAUCUCAAGCUAGUUUGGAUUAUAUUUUACUGAUUGGUGAACAAUCAAAGCAACGAAUAUGGGUUGAUAUUCAAGGAACUCGUGUUGAGGAGUUCUUCGUUAAUAACACCUCAAAUUAUCCGUUCAGCCAAUUAUCUGAUCAUUACGGUGUUAGUACUCAUCUCAUUGGCUCUUAA